UAAAUAUAAAUCCAAACCCUGCUUCAAGUGCAUUCAUAUUCUGUUCAUAAAUGAGAUACAAACACUGUAGAAGUACGAAGAAAUGAAAAAUGACUUGUUUGUGGAUUUUAAUUUUGAUCUUCAGCACCAUGUAUCCAGUCCAACCUGGUAGACGCUGGGUUGCUGCACAAUCCCUCACAGAGUCAGGAGUUUAUCAGCCUGAUAAAGAGCUCAGUGUGGAUAUCGGAGACUCGGCGACUCUGCAGUGUUGUAUUUCUGAAAAUGAAAUUGGGAUAAUCGCCUGGUUUAAGCAACUGAACAGAAAAAAACCUCAGAUUAUAGUCACGGUGUAUAAAAGUGUUGGAGAAACAUUUUAUAAUGAAUUCCAAAAGUCACGUUUCCAAAUAGAAAGAUCUUCAAACUGCUUCAAUUUGAUCAUUUUAAACAUCAUUCAGUCUGAUGAAGCCAUGUACUACUGUGCACUGACGACACCCAGCCUUGUGUUUGGAGAUGGAACUUAUUUAAAAAUUAAAGGUGAACAUGUUACUAUUGAAUCAGAAACAUCUAAACCAGCUCUGGGUGAUAAUUCAGUGGGCUGUGAACCAACACUGCAUGGAAACAGCAUGAACAUGAACACACAAGAUAAAACAGUGCUCGGUUUGGGAACGGCUUUGGGUUUGUGUGCACUUCUGAUUUUCUGUCUCAUUUAUUUCAUACUGAGGAGAAGAAAAUGGGAUAAAAGUAAUAUAGAAGAUUUUCCAGGAAUGACGCAGGAAUCUGAAGCUGAAACACUGAAUUAUGCAGCUGUGCAAUUCUCUAAGAGGAACCCCAAAGCUGAAACAAAGAAAACUGGCUCUUCAGAUGAGUGUGUGUACUCCGGUGUGAAGAAAACUCUAAGAUGUGACAGAAAUAAUUUAUAACGCAUGGUACUGUUACACGGCAAAUACAAUGACUAUUGUUCAUUACCAUGAUAUGAUAUGAUAUGAUAUGAUAUGAUAUAUGAUAUGCCAACAGAAAAAAAGCAGAAUAGCCCAGAAAUCAUACAUUUGUUUACACUAAUCUCAUAAUAAGAAUUAUAUUAAAGUUGCCUGUAUUUAAGAUUUUUUUAUUUGCAGUGUCGAGAGAUGUCUGUGCUCAAGGUUUUUAUUUCUGUGCACACAUUUAAAAUAACUACUGGUGUUUUUUCAUGAUGAUUUCUUUCGGUUCAAGUGUCAGUAUGUUAACUUUCAGUAAGAGUGACCUUGUAAAAAUCC